AUGAAGUUCACCACGACCUUCACCCUCCUCACGGCUACCAUUGCCAGCGCCACGACCGUUAGCUACGACCCCGGCUACGACAAGGCCAACAAUCCCAUGACCGGAGUGGCCUGUAGCGACGGCAACAACGGUCUCAUCACCAGAUACGGCUACCAGACCUAUGGCUCCAUCCCACGCUUCCCCUACAUCGGCGGCUCCUCCGACAUCGCCGGCUACAACAGCGAUCAAUGCGGCCAGUGCUACAGCGUCUCCUAUAACGGCGGCCAACCCAUCUACAUCCUCGCGAUCGACCACACGCUUGAGGGACUGAACAUCUCGGAGGAAGCGAUGAAUGCUUUGACGGGCGGACAGGCGGAGGCGGUGGGCAGGGUGGAUGCUCAGGUGACCAAGGUUGGAGUGGAUAUGUGUGGCUUGGCUCCGAGGAAGAGGGCUGUGGAGUUCCUUGCUUGA